AUGCGCAAAAUUUUGGGGGAUGUCCCUUGGAAAGGUGAUCUUCGUGUCCCCCAUAACCUUACCCCUGGGUUUGAGCUUGUUGAGGAGUAUGCUAUGCUUUUGAGCGGAGUAGUUAGUAACAGCGCUCCUAUUUUCGUCCGCCAAUCUCAUGCUGUUGCUGCUGGAGGCGUCGAUAAGGAAUUGAGUUCUUGCGCCACGCAGCUGAAGAACUCGCACCCACAAGUUCAAGUUCAGUUAAACGCCGACUUUGAUGAGGGCAACUUGAAGUCUUACGCCCUAUCCAGCGUUGAUUUCAUCGCUACUCCGAAGCUGUCGAACGGAUAUUCUUCAUUGGACUUUAAGGUAACGUAUCUUGACCGCGUGGACGGUGUACCAGAGACCGUUACUGAAAUCACAAGACCAGUUCAACCAGUCGGUCAAGGUAACACCUCCACUCACAUGCAGAGCUCCCUUGGACAACAAAAUUCACCCAACAUGGGAAUGCGGAUGUCCGGGCCGCAGAUGCAACGUAUCGGUUCGGGCAUGCUGGGAAGUGGGCCGAAUGUUGCCGGUGGCUUCUUGAACAUGCAACCACAGCAGAAUCAGUCGCCGAGUGGUUUUUCAAUGGGCAACAAUGCCGGCCCAAUGAUGGGUGGCCUCGGCCUCGGAAUGCGUAUGGGUGGUCCAGGUGGUGGAGCUGGAGUCAUUACUUGCAGAUCUUGUGGUACCGCUAAUGGUCCUGCGCUUCCUUUUUGUCGAAACUGUCGAGCCUCACUCCGCUGA